AUGAUUACAAGGAACGGUCUGCUGUUGGUCUUUUGGUUUCUCUUGGACAAAGGUUUCCUGGCUCCCCUCCACGCACCGCCCCAAAGCAUGAUGGGAAGAGAGCAACACCUGAGGGGUGUGGAAGGACUGGGACUGAGGAGACAUGUGGCGUCAGGGGUUCAGAGGGUGAAGAGAGGAUGGGUGUGGAACCAGUUCUUUGUACUGGAGGAAUAUAUGGGAUCGGAACCACAAUAUGUUGGAAAGCUUCACACUGACCUGGACAGGGGCGACAGCGACGUGAAGUACACUCUAUCAGGAGAAGGAGUCGGAACCAUCUUCACCAUAGACCAGACGACAGGUGACAUCCAUGCCUUGAUGGGUUUGGACCGAGAGGUGAAGUCUUACUACACGUUACGAGCCCAGGCUGUGGACAUGCACACAGGCAGGCCUCUGGAGCCUGAGUCUGAAUUCAUCAUAAAAAUUCAAGACGUCAAUGACAAUGAACCAAAGUUCUUGGACGGCCCAUAUACAGCCAGUGUCCCAGAGAUGUCACCUGGGGGUACUUUUGUUAUGCAGGUGACUGCCACAGAUGCUGACGACCCCUCCUACGGGAAUAGUGCACGGAUCGUCUACAGUAUCCUACAUGGACAGCCUUACUUUUCAGUCGACUCCAAAACUGGGGUUAUUAGAACUGCGUUGCCUAACAUGGACCGUGAAGUGAAGGAGCUUUACCAGGUCCUUAUUCAGGCAAAGGAUAUGGGCGGUCAGCUGGGAGGACUAGCCGGAACCACCACCAUCAACAUCACCCUCAGCGACGUCAACGACAACCCACCCAGGUUUUCAAAAAGUAUAUUCCACCUCAGGGUCCCAGAGUCUUCGUUAGUGGGCUCAGCAGUGGGGAAGAUCAGAGCUCAUGACCUGGACUCUGAGAAGAAUGCAGAGGUGGAGUAUUCUAUUGUUCCUGGAGAUGAAGGACACAUGUUUAACAUCACCUCCAACGGGCACAGUCAAGAGGGAAUCAUAGUCCUCAGUGAGCAUCUCGACUAUGAAACCAAAAGAUCGUACACCUUUAAAGUGGAGGCCUCCAAUGCUCAUCUGGAUCCCCGGUUCCUGCACCGGGGCCCCUUCAAAGACACUGCCACCGUCAAGGUCAACGUGCUGGAUGUGGAUGAACCCCCUGUGUUCACUAAGACCUCUUACACGAUAGAUGUGUAUGAGGACACUCCUGUUAGCACCAUCAUUGGAUCUGUUACAGCGCAGGACCUAGAUGCAAGUACCAGCGCAGUUAGAUACUCUAUUGAGUGGAAGAGGCCUGUGGACGGCUGCUUUGACAUUGAUACUGUGGAAGGGACCAUCUCCACCAACGAGAUGUUGGACAGAGAGAGUAAUAGGCAGCACAAUAUCUCUGUUGUGGCCACUAAAGUUAACAACCCUAUCCUAUCCAACAAGGUCACAGUCACAGUCAAUGUGCUGGAUGUCAACGAGUUCCCUCCGGAGCUCACCAUUCUCUUUGACACGUUUGUCUGUGAAAAUGCAAAAGUAGGCCAGGUAAUUCAGACCAUCAAUGCUACGGACAAGGAUCUUCCCGCUGCUGGACAGAAGUUCUUCUUCAGGUCCCCCAGGGAAAUCAGAAACAGGAAUUUCUCUGUGCGAGACUUUGGAAACAACACGGCGGGGAUAGUGACCAAGCGUGUGGGGUUCCAAAGGCGGGUCCAGGAGUACUACGUGGUGCCUGUGGUGGUAGAGGACAGUGGCUACCCAGCCCAGAGCAGCACUGGCACCCUUACUGUCCGCGUGUGUGCCUGUGAGACCGACGGUUCCCUCCUGUCCUGCACGGCAGAAGCAGUCUUCCUACCAGUGGGUCUCAGCACCGGGGCAGUUAUGGCCAUUUUACUGUGCAUGGUCAUACUCCUGGUGAUCGUGGUGCUCUACGUAGGCCUGAGACGGCAGAAGAAGAGGGAGACAUUGAUGUCGUCCAAGGAGGACAUCAGGGACAACGUGAUCCACUAUGACGUCGAGGGGGGUGGCGAGGAAGACACCCACGCCUUCGACAUGGGCACGCUGAGGAACACCAAGGCUAUCAAGGAGAACAUGCUCCGCCGGGGCACAGGGUCAUGGUCAGAUGUCACCACUCAAACUGAGAUCAAUGGGUCAACCCCUACUACAGAGGGCAGCACUAACAUCAUCAGGGACUAUAUUCACCAGCGUCUCCAGGAAAACCACCUGGGUUUCUCUGCUCCCCCGUAUGACUCGCUGGCUACAUACGCCUACGAAGGGGAUGGGUCAGUGGCAGAGUCGCUGAGCUCCAUCGAGUCGUGGACGGUGGACGGCCGUGAGGACUUCAGAUACCUCAGCGAGUGGGGGCCGUCCUUCAAAACUCUGGCGGGGAUAUUAGACAAAGACAAAGCAGAUCCUCCCACUGCGGAAGUGGAGGAGAGCUGA